AUGGAGCCAAACCGUGAUCUUCUUUGUAAAAAGAUUGUUCACCUUACUAAAGUUAUCCACAUCUUAAACACUAAAAAUGAUGAAUAUGAAAGGAUUCUGAAGGCUGUUGUUUAAGCAUAUGAGAAAGAAAUGGAUUACAUUAUAAAAUAAGCAAAUCAAAUUAUCCUUGCCUAAAAGCAGGCGUUAGAUACAUAAAAUAAGAAUAAAGAUAUUCACUAAGAAUUGAAGUAGUUUCAAGAAAAAAUUUAAAGGGAAAAGUGGGGCACAUAGAUGGAAUUUAUGUAGUAUUAAAAAAAAAUGGAAGAGAGGGAAUAAAGUCUUAUUGCUUUAUAUGAAAAUAAAAUUAGAGAAAUGAAAAAGUAGACCGAUUUUUUUUAAUAGAAAUUUGAUGAGUAUUCAGAAUAUAUUGAUAAAUACCUUAUGAAAGAUGAUGAUCAAACAGGAGGGUCACAGAAACAGCUAGAAGAGGCAAAUAAAAUAUGGAAAGAGAAAUAUGAUUCACUAAUGAAGAAAAAACUAUAAUUAGAUGACCAAAUUGAGGAAAAAGAUACUCAUAUUCAAUAGCAAUAAUUUGAGAUUGAUAAUUUAUUGAAAAAAAUUGAAGAAGAGAAGAGAAAAUAUAUGCAGGCACUAGAUAGAUUUGAAGACUUAAAGAAAUAAAAUUUAGACUAAAAAUUGCAAUAAUUAUAAAAUGAAAUAAAUUUACUAAAAUAAGAAAUUUCUAAUUUAAAAAAUCAGAAGAACGAUCUAAAUAAUCAGAAAAGCGAUCUUAUAAAUCAGAAAAAAGACCUAACAACAAAUAAUCAAAAACUUUAAGAUGAAAUCAGUGAGCUUUAGCAGUGGAUUGAUAAAUUAAAUCUUGAUAUAAAAAAUGCUAGAUAAACAAUCCAACAAUCUUAAAUUGAUAUGUUGAAACAGUAAAAUGAAUAUUACAAAUUAAAAUAAAUAAAUAGCGAAUUGGAAAAUAGAAUUAAAGAACUUAAUUUGUAAAUUGAAAAAUUAAAUUAAUAAUUGCUUGCACUUAAAUAAGAAGGAUAAAUAAGCAAAGCCCAAUUAAUAGAAUAGAUAAAUAAACUUGAAGAAUAACUUAUAUAAAAAAACUUUGAAAUCAAAGAAUUUCAAAUGUAAUAAACUGUAUUAUAAAAGAAAGCAGAUAUGUUUUAGAUGGAGUCAGAUGCUUUCAGAGAAGCAAGCUAUAAGACCAACAGUGACAAAUUGAAAGAGAUUGAAGAAUUAAAGAAAAAAGUCCGAAAAUUCGAGGAUUAAGUCGAAAAUGUAUAAAUUUAACCAAAAACUUAAAGGGGAGAAAUGGAAGAUAAAUAUAUAAAUAAAACUUUAUAAAAUGAAAAAGAAUAAAAAGAAUUAGUUAAAAAAUAUGAGGAAACAAUAUUUAAUAUGAACAUUGAUCAUGGAUAAAAACUAAAAGAACUAAGGGAAUUAUUUGAAGAAAGAAUUAAUCAUUUAGAAAUCCUUCGUUCUGAAGAAAUAGAAUAAAUGAAAAAUGAUUAUAAUAAGCAUUAGAAAUAGUUUGAGUAAUUUUUACGUAUGUUGGGUAUUGGAUAAGGAUAAUGGGAAAAACAAUUAAAAUAGGAUGAUUAAGAGUAGAAGCUUAAAGGACCUAAUUAAUAGUAAAAUAAUGAAUAAGAGUUAGUAAACAAAGAUAAUACGCAAAUAAAUGAUGUACCUUAGGAAAAUGAAACAUAAUAAAUAAAUGUAGAUUAAAGUUUGGAAAUCUAAAAUAUGUUAAAUUAGUAAUUUAAGGAAUUUUAAAAUGAAAAAUAGUAGCUAAUUAAAAAUUAUGAAAAUUAGUUGUAAUAUGCUCAUGAAAAAUAUGAAAAGUAGUUAAAAGAUCAAAAUUCAGAAUUUUAAAAUAGAUUGAAAUUACUUUAGAUUAAUUUAGAAUAAUCUUGGCCAGAAUUUAAAUCUGAAAAAAAUGUAAUUUCUGAUCCAAAAACAUAAUUAGAUAAUUCAUUAGAGAUAAAUUAGAAUACUUCGUAAAAAUAUGAACAGUAAAUAAAAGUGAUGUAGCAAGAAAUUAAAUAACUAAACGCAAAAUAUCAAUAAGCAGAAGGAGAAUUUUCGAAAUAAAUAAAAGAAAAAGAUCUAUGGGUAUAGGCGAGGAAAGAUGAAGCUUAAUAAUUAGAACAUCAAUUACGUUAAUCCCUUAAUUCAUAAUUAAAAGAAAGUAUAGUUAGAUAAAAAGAAUAUGCUGAGAAUUUAAAAAAUGAGUUUCAAUAAGCUUAACAUUUUUUAAUGCUAAAAUUAUAAAUGGUUGAAGAAGAUUAUUAAGAACUAAUUAGCAUCUACGAUGCAUAACCUAGAUAACCUGAAAAUAUGCAAAUGAUUUAAUAGUUAUAAUCAUAACUCAAAUUGAGGGAUGAAGAAAUCAAGAAAUUAAAUGAACAAAUUCAAAAUAAUAAAUCAGAAUUAACUAAUAACUCCAACCAAUUUAAUUUAAGACCUGUAAUAGUAACACCCAGAAUUUUGGAAAAUAAAUCAAAACCAUAAAGUGGUAAAAUGCAAUAAAGAAAAUGA